CGGAAUUUGCCUUUUAUGCAUGAGCUGAGGUAUCUAUUUGCACUUCUUGUUGGUACUAAAAGGAAAUAUGUAGAUCCAUCAAGAGCAGUUGAAAUUCUUAAGGAUGCUUUCAAAUCAAAUGACUCUCAGCAGCAAGAUGUGAGUGAGUUUACACACAAAUUAUUAGAUUGGUUAGAAGAUGCCUUCCAAAUGAAAGCUGAAGAAGAGACGGAUGAAGAGAAGCCAAAGAACCCCAUGGUAGAGUUGUUCUAUGGGAGAUUCCUUGCUGUGGGAGUACUUGAAGGGAAAAAAUUUGAAAAUACUGAAAUGUUUGGUCAGUACCCGCUUCAGGUCAAUGGAUUCAAAGAUCUACAUGAGUGCCUAGAAGCUGCUAUGAUUGAAGGAGAAAUUGAGUCCUUACAUUCAGAGAAUUCAGGCAAAUCAGGCCAAGAGCAUUGGUUUACCAAAUUACCACCUGUGUUAACAUUUGAAUUAUCAAGAUUUGAAUUUAAUCAGGCAUUGGGAAGACCAGAAAAAAUUCACAACAAAUUAGAAUUUCCUCAAGUUUUAUAUCUGGACAGAUAUAUGCACAGAAACAGAGAAAUAACAAGAAUUAAGAGGGAAGAAAUCAAGAGACUAAAAGAUUACCUCACAGUAUUACAACAAAGACUAGAAAGAUAUUUAAGCUAUGGUUCGGGUCCCAAACGAUUCCCCUUGGUAGAUGUUCUACAGUAUGCGUUGGAAUUUGCCUCAAGCAAACCUGUUUGUACAUCUCCUGUUGAUGAUAUUGAUGCUAGUUCCCCACCUAGUGGUUCCAUACCACAGACAUUACCAAGCACAACAGAACAACAGGGAGCCCCUUCUGCGGAACUGCCAAGCACAUCACCUGCACCACUAGCUGCCGUUUCGUCAAGAUCAGUCAUACAUAAACCGUUCACUCAGUCUCGGAUACCUCCAGAUCUGCCCAUGCAUCCAGCACCAAGGCACAUCACAGAGGAAGAACUUUCUGUGCUAGAAAGCUGUUUACAUCGCUGGAGGACGGAAAUAGAAAAUGACACCAGAGAUUUGCAGGAAAGCAUAUCAAGAAUCCAUCGAACAAUUGAACUAAUGUACUCUGACAAAUCUAUGAUCCAAGUUCCUUACCGCUUACAUGCUGUUUUAGUUCAUGAAGGUCAAGCUAAUGCCGGGCACUACUGGGCAUACAUUUUUGAUCAUCGUGAAAAUAGGUGGAUGAAGUACAAUGAUAUUGCUGUGACAAAAUCAUCAUGGGAAGAGCUAGUGAGGGACUCUUUUGGUGGUUAUAGAAAUGCCAGUGCAUACUGUUUAAUGUACAUAAAUGAUAAGGCACAAUUCUUAAUAAAAGAGGAGUUAAAUAAAGAAACUGGGCAGGCUCUUGUUGGAAUUGAAACAUUACCACCGGAUUUAAGAGAUUUUGUUGAGGAAGACAACCAGCGAUUUGAAAAAGAACUAGAAGAAUGGGAUGCACAACUUGCCCAGAAAGCUUUGCAGGAAAAACUUCUAGCAUCUCAGAAGUUGAGGGAGUCAGAGUCUUCUGUAACAACAGCACAAGCAGGAGAAGCAGAAUAUCUAGAGCAGCCAUCAAGAAGUGAUUUCUCAAAGCACUUGAAAGAAGAAACUAUUCGAAUAAUUACCAAGGCAUCACAUGAGCAUGAAGAUAAAAGUCCUGAAACAGUUUUGCAGUCGAUCAUGAUGACACCGAACAUGCAAGGUAUUAUCAUGGCGAUAGGUAAAUCCAGGAAUGUAUAUGACAGGUGUGGCCCUGAAGCAGGGUUCUUUAAGGCAAUUAAGUUGGAGUAUUCAAGAUUGGUUAAAUUGGCCCAAGAAGACACUCCACCAGAAACAGAUUAUCGUUUACAUCAUGUAGUGGUCUAUUUUAUCCAGAACCAGGCACCAAAGAAAAUCAUUGAAAAAACAUUGCUAGAACAAUUUGGAGAUAGAAAUUUGAGUUUUGAUGAAAGGUGUCACAACAUAAUGAAAGUUGCUCAAGCCAAACUUGAAAUGAUAAAACCUGAAGAAGUAAACUUGGAGGAAUAUGAGGAGUGGCAUCAGGAUUAUAGGAAGUUCAGGGAAACAACCAUGUAUCUCAUAAUUGGGCUAGAAAAUUUUCAAAGAGAAAGUUAUAUAGAUUCCUUGCUGUUCCUUAUCUGCGCUUAUCAGAAUAACAAAGAACUCUUGUCCAAAGGCCGAUACAGAGGACAUGAUGAAGAAUUGAUAUCACAUUAUAGAAGAGAGUGUUUACUAAAAUUAAAUGAACAAGCUGCAGAACUAUUUGAAUCUGGAGAGGAUCGAGAAGUAAACAAUGGUUUGAUUAUUAUGAAUGAGUUUAUUGUCCCAUUUUUGCCCUUGUUAUUGGUGGAUGAAAUGGAAGAGAAAGAUAUUCUUGCUGUGGAAGACAUGAGAAAUCGAUGGUGUUCCUAUCUUGGACAAGAAAUGGAAUCAAACCUCCAAGAGAAGCUGACGGAUUUUCUGCCAAAACUGCUUGAUUGUUCUACUGAGAUUAAAGGUUUCCAUGAACCACCGAAGUUACCGUCAUAUUCCACGCAUGAACUCUGCGAGCGGUUUGCCCGAAUCAUGUUAUCCCUCAGUCGAACUCCUGCUGAUGGAAGAUAA